AUGUCAAACUACAAAGGAUCACAGAAGGCCGUGCCAGGCAUCAACAUCGAUGUAGCUGCUGACCUAGAAGCCAAUUUUGCGUGGGCGCCACCACUCGCACCUCAGACUCAGAACAUCGAUGAUGAUCUUGCGGGUCCUGAAUCCAUAUCACUUGACGAGAUUGACGCUGCAUUUGCACUACUGGAACGCGAGAAAGAAGCCAUGGAACGAUAGCCGGUUGACGGAAAUGAAGUGUUGAAGUUUACGAUUUUGCGGAAUUGGAGCAUGUUGACCAAGGUCUUGCACCAAAAUCUGUUGACGACGAGUUGAUCACACCUCACACGGCAACGGACAGUGGGAUGUGGACGCACUGAUGUCUUCUAAUGGUGUUUCCUACUUACUAUACAUUGUCAUCAUACACAUAGC